AUGGCAGACAAGGUCAAAGGCCCUGAGGAACAUGGGCUUAUCUUUGAACGAGAAGUUGUUUUCUCUGGUCACAUCUCAGUAACAUUGCGUGUGCAGGAGCGUCUCUUUACUCCUCUGUCCUCCUUCUUCAUCUUGUCUGAUAGACUGAACCUGGUGUUGUGUGGGAGUGUUGGAUCAGUGAAGAUCUCCAUAUCAGAACUCAUACUGGGCCAGAGAGAGUCCAGUCCAGAGUCCAGCUCAGUGUGUGUGAGGAGGGAGGGAGAAGUGUGUGGACGCCUGCUCACCCUGGUGGAAAUGCCAGCUCUGUACAACACUCAGCUCUCAGAGGAGGAAGUGAUGCGUGAGACUCUCCGCUGUGUCUCUCUCUGUGAUCCUGGAGUCCAUGCUUUCCUCCUGGUCAUUCCUGAGGGCUUCCUCACUGAUGAAGACAAAGGAGAAAUAGAGAAGAUUCAGACAAUAUUCAGCUCAAGAGUCAAUGAUUACACCAUGGUCCUGAUCAAUCAGAAACCUGGACAGGAAGUGACAGAAUUAGAUGAAACAUCUCAGACCAUCAUCAGAUCCUGCAGAGGAGGACAUCAGUUCUUAGGUUCCAGUUCACAGGUGUCAGAGUUACUGAAGAGUGUUGACAAACUGGUGGAACAGAAUAGAGGAAGUCAUUACACAACAGUCAUGUACCUGGAUUCUCUGGUGGAAACACAACUAAAGAAAUACCAGACUGAAAUUACACAGAUAAAGAAAUAUCAAAGUGAAGCUGAACAGAUGAGGAUACAAAUCAGAAAUCUGGAGGAAAAUAUACGAGGUGUAAGAGAGAGAUCAGACACUUUGAGAAUAGUACUGCUGGGGAGGACUGGUGUUGGGAAGAGUGCCACAGGAAACACCAUCCUGGGGAAAGAAGAUGUUUUUAAAGAAGAUGAGUGUUUUGAGUCAGUGACUAAAACAUGUCAGAGAGAGACAGCAGAAGUCAGUGGAAGACAGAUAACAGUGAUUGACACACCAGGACUGUUUGAUACAGAAGUUGACAAUGAGCAGAUUAAAAAAGAGAUCAGUAAAUGCAUUUCCAUGGUGACACCAGGACCACAUGUGUUUCUGUUGGUGAUAGAGGUGAGACGACUCACACCAGAAGAGAAAGAAGCCGUGAAAAUUAUCCAAAAGAUGUUUGGAGAUGAAUCACAAAUGUACACCAUGGUCCUGUUCACUAAAGCAGAUAAACUAAGGAAGAAAACCAUAGAACAGUACAUAGGAGACCCUGGAGGUGAUUUGAGAAAUCUGAUUGACCAGUGUGGUAACAGAUACCAUGUGUUUAACAACACAGACCCCAGUAACCAAACUCAGGUUGUGGAACUCCUGGAUAAGAUAGACACCAUGGUGUCAGAGAAUGGAGGGACCUUCUACACUAAUGAGAUGUUCAGACAGGUAGAGGAAGCUCUCCAAGAGGAAAAGGAGAGAAUGCUGAGAGAGAGAGUGGAGGAGAUAGAGAGAGAGAAAGAAGAACUGAAGGCCAAAUAUGAGGCAGAGAUAGAGAGAAUGAAAGGGGAAAUAGAGGAGGAUAAAAAGAGACAGAAUGAAGAGAGGAAUAGAAGGGAAGAGGAAUUCAGAGAGAGUGAACAGAGACUGAAAAGUGAGAUGGAAGAAAGAGAGGAAGAUUAUGAGAGAAGAAAAGAGGAGGAUAAGAAAAGGAUGAAAGAGUGGGAGAAACAAAUAGAGACACAGAUGAAGGAGACAGAGAAAUUAGUGGGAAAGACUAUAGAGCAAGUCAUUGAGGAGAACAAGGCUCUGAACAGUCUGGUCCAGCAGUGUGGACAGAGAUACCAUGUCUUUAAUAAUAAAGACAAGACAAACAAAAAACAGGUCACUGAACUGCUGGAGAAGAUUGACAGAAUGGUGGAGGAGAAUGGAGAAUGUUACUACAGUUGUGAGAUGUUGGAGGAUAAAAAAAGGAGGGAAAGUAAUUGUACAGUGUCUUAA